CGGACGCGGUGGUGGCAGGGCAAGGACUGGGGACUACAGGCGUCUGAAGGUCGGAGGAUUGUAUUAAGUCGCCCCUUGGAGGUCAAAGGUCUGCAGUUGGUCGCCUUCUGAAGGUCGAAGGUUUGCAGUCGGUCGCCUUCUGAAGGUCGAAGGUUUGCAGUCGGUCCCGUGCCGUCUGUCGCUGAGAAUGCUACACUUUGGCGCCGGUUGUCGUGUUAAAAGUUGUCAGGUGAUGUGACAUCGAGGUCCACCAGCCCAUCGAAGUCUCCUCAGCCAUGCAGCUGGACACCGGAUACAUGGUCGAGCAGAUGCUCGGCAUGUUCUACAUCAGGAACGUGACGGCGUCGUUCGUCCCGCCACUGGAGCGGCCGCCCAGCUAUCUAUCGCAGGCGCUGCCCUGGUUCCUCAUGCUGGUGUUUCUGGAGGCGGUGUUUCUGCGUCUGAAGGGACGCCAGUGGGAUCUCAGCGACGCCGCCGUCUCCUCCUCACAAGGUCUGGCUCAAGAGGCCGUCCGUUACACCCUCCGCGGCUGCGAGGGCUGGGCCUACGUCUACAUUUGGCAGCACUAUCGCUGGUUCGACGUGCCCUGGGACUCGCCCGUCAGCUUCUGGUUCACCAUGCUCGCUGUCGACCUGGGCUACUACUGGUUCCACCGGGCCUCGCACGAAGUGAACCUGGUGUGGGCGUCUCACCAGGUGCACCACAGCUCCGAGUACUACAACCUGUCCACCGCGUUGCGACAGUCGGUGGUGCAGCACUACUUCAAGUGGAUCGCCUACAUCCCGCUGGCCAUCAUCGGCGUGGCGCCGUCCAUGUUCUUCACCCACGUCCAGUUCAACCUAGUGUAUCAGUAUUGGAUCCACACCGAGGUGGUCAAGAGUCUGGGACCGCUGGAGCACGUGCUCAACACACCCUCCCACCACCGCGUCCACCACGGCUCCAACGUCAAGUACCUGGACAAGAACUACGCCGGCGUGCUCAUCAUCUGGGACCGGCUGUUCGGCACCUUCUGCUGGGAGGAGGAGACGCCCACCUACGGGCUCGUGCACAACAUCGAGUCGUACAACCUGUGGACCAUCCAGCUGGCGCACUUCCGCUGGAUCGCGUCCGACGUGCCUCAGCAGGUGGGCUGGCGGAACAAGUUGCGCCGUCUGGUGUGCGGCCCCGGCUGGGUGCCCGGCACCGGCCGUCUGGGCGACUCUAGUACGUUCCCGGAGCCGGACCCGGCGCGGCGCCGGUUCGACACGGGCCGGCCGCUGUGGCUGCAGCUGUACGCCACGCUGCACCUGCUGCUGCUGCUGGCGCCGUCGGUGACGUUCGCGCAGCAGCACCUGGCGCUGCCGCCGCUGGGCGUGCUGCUGUACAGCGGUCAGCUGCUGCUGGCGCUCAGCUGCGUCGGCUGGCUGCUGGACGGCGCCGGCUGGGCGCCGCUGGCCGAGCUGGUGCGCUGCGCGCUGGCGCUGGUCAGCCUGGCCUGGGUGGGCGGCCAGUACCCGGCGGCGGCCGUCACCGCCGGCAGAGCCGUGCUCGCCGGAUCCAUGCUGCUCUGGCUCGGAGCCGUCUCCCUCGGCGACGGAAAGGCCAAGGCCAAGGCGCAGUAACGGCGCCUCGUGCUGAACAAUGCUAACAACUGAUGAAAACCGUGUUUCUGAUUGUUACAAAUAUGAAAAAUGAAAUGAAACUAAAUAAGUUAUCAUCAGAAGAAAAACUAUACGUUGGGAGGAUUUUUUUCAUUACCGAACGAGUAGUUUUUUUUUGCAUUUUUACGUUCCCAUCUGCACCUCCCACUAAAAACUUUUUUACACACACGACACUCGUGAAUAAAGAUAUUUCCCC